AUGGUAGCCCAAUGUCCUAACUGCCAGCAAGUUAAAGUCGAACAUCAGAGGCCUGGAGGCCUAACUCAGUGUAUUGAACUUCCAUUAUGGAAAUGGGACAUGAUAAAUAUGGACUUCAUCACCGGUUUGCCUCGCACUCCAUGGAGGUAUGAUUCUAUUUGGGUAAUUAUUGAUAGGCUUACAAAAUCUGCUCAUUUUCUGCUAGUCAGGACGACAUAUUCAGCCGAGGAUUAUGCCAAGCUUUUCAUUCGGGAGAUUGUGCACCUUCACGGGGUACCAUUAUCUAUUAUCUCUGAUCGAGGGGCUCAAUUUACAGUACAUUUUUGGAAAUCUUUUCAGAAGGGUCUAGAAUUGGGAGCAGUCCAUCCUGUGUUUCAUGUAUCUAUGUUGCGGAAGUGCAUUGGAGAUCCUUCACGUAUUACGCCCAUUGAUGAUAUUUGCAUUGCUGAAGAUUUAUCUUACGCAAAGGUACCAGUAGCUAUUUUAGAUCGGCAGCCUGAGAAUCUGGAGGACAAGCAGCUAUCAAAGGAAGGCCCAGAAAGACAAUUAGAAAAAGGGAAGAUUGCAGUUGAGAUCAAUGGGGUUCCAAUGACCUAUGCUAAAGCAAUACUAUCUCCUGGGAAACAAGGGCCACAACAACAAACAAGUUUAGCUGUGAUGGCUAACUUGAAACCACCUGGCACAUGUGGUCAAGCUCGUUAUACUUGA